UCUAGCUCAAUUGCAGCGCUCCCUUCUAAUUUCGGGCGCAGCGAGCCCCUGUCUUGAUCUGGUGCGGAGAUGAUCGCGUUAUCGCGUUAGACCACCCACCGAGAGCCCGGCCACUGGUUGAACACAGCGAGUUCAAAGGUUCAUGCGAGAAUUAACCAAUUUAAUAAGUUAUUGCCAGUCUUAUAGGCAGAUUAAAUAGUAGAUAGAGAAGCCUCUCCACGGACCUCCAGAGAACUCGUAGCGAUUAUAAGCAAGCAUUUCCUUUUAAUGUCCAUUGGCUGUGAGGAAGUUACCCACUACCCUGGAGUGUGUGUGUGUGUGUGUGUGUGUGUGUGUGUGUGUGUGUUUUAGUUUGCUCUCACUGCUUGGGAGAUGUUUGACAAUUCUCAGUAUCCCUACAACUGUUUCAAUUACGAUGGCGAUGACUAUCCGCCCUGUGGCUCCGGCGAGAGGAAGAAAGCGGCGACGCGACCUGCCUACAGUUACAUCGCUUUGAUUGCAAUGGCCAUUCAGCAGAGUCCCGGCAACAGAGUGACGCUCUCCGGCAUCUAUGAUUUUAUCACCAACAAAUUCCCCUACUACAGGUCCAACCAAAGAGCCUGGCAAAAUUCAAUCCGCCACAACUUGUCUCUUAAUAGCUGCUUCGUGAAGGUCCCAAGGUCGGAAGGGAACGAGAGGGGGAAAGGUAACUUUUGGACGUUCGCAUCGGGAUGCGAGUCAAUGUUAGAUCUGUUCGAAAACGGCAAUUACCGGAGGAGGAGGAGGAGUGUGAAAAGAUUCCAGAAAUAUCACCCCAACAGGAGCGGGCGGCCGCCGUCUCCCGACCCAGGGGCAGUGGACAGCGUGUUGCUCGGCGCUUCCUCGCACGGGGACAGGGCGGAUGGCUCUCAAACGGGGCGACUGAGCCCCGAAAUAUUCCUCGGGAACGAAAGCUCCAGCAGACAACCUCGGGACACCGGAACAGGACAGAAAACAGGGUCCGAAAUCAAAUUCAGCAUCGAUUAUAUCCUGUCCUACCCGGACCCUCUCCCCGGUCUCCGAGCUCAGGGCACCUCACAAAGCAACGAACUCCUAAUACUGGAUCAACAGUUGUGGACCGCGAACUCUCUCCAUCGUAAGUAGCGCCUUCCGCGCGUUAAAUCUGUGCCUUGCAAGCGGCAGCCGAGGCACCUUCCAACCACUCGUUUCCACUUUGUACCGUGCACCGUGACUGUGUGUCUGUCCCCUCAGCCAGGAACUUCAACCCUUCUGCUCCGGACGGACGCGAAUUCCCCUCGUUCAAUCCUUGGGACGGGAGUUAAAACAAAAAAAAGUAUCUCGGCACCGGACAGCCCGCCUAAGCAUGUUAACGCGCCCCAUUAAGUUUGUGAUAACUUGGGGACAGAGUUGUGAACCGUUUCUUUCGUGGGUUUCAGGGGAGGGGUGCCCCAGUGCAGAUCCUCGCCUUGUGCUGAGAACCAUCUAUGUAUUAACGGAAUAAAUUGA